AUGAUACUGCAGAGAUCUACUUGGCGGUGCAUCUCCAACCAACGCAGGCGCAGCAAGCAUGCACCAGCUGCAGCGCCGGUCUGGAACCCACAGAACACUCCAGAUCCAAUAGUUAUGCCUUCACCCGCGUUCUCGCCGCGUGAAUCAGUCGAGGUGCAGCUGAAGGCAUUGCGGGCCAACGAUGACCCCUGGCUGAACCAUGGCAUCCAGACCGCCUAUGAGUUCGCGGCGGACGCGGGCGGCAUGGAGCGGUCCCGGUACUUUGGCUUCUCCAAGGAUCUCUACCAUUUCGACCACUACCUGGGCAUGUUUGGCAACCUAUUGGGCGACCUGGUCAACCACCAAUCCUACGAGGUCAUGCAGGUGCAAGAGCCGGAGCCAGGCACGUUCGUUUUGCGUGUGAGCGUUAUUGGGCCCACGGGUCUGUCCGGGCUGUACGACUUUACGAUGGAUCGUUUGCUAAUCCUGAGGGUGGCCAAGCAGAUCACCGUGGAGGGCCUUGUUUGGGGCUCCCGCCUGCCCCAGUUUGGCAAACCUGUGGAAUUGAACUCGAAGACGAUGGGCUGCAUAAGGCAGCGGCAGCAGCACUGCACCCGAAGUAUGGCAGCUACUUUGCAGCGACUGUUUUGUUGUUUUAAAAUUACAGAGACUAUCACUCGUGGCAAUAGAAGACAUAAAGAUGAUCGGCAGGGAGAAAAGCCUGCAGCAGCCGUUGUCGACAGGGACGCUCCUGUCCACGCCUACUUCUCGCUCAUGCUGCAACACAUAUCGGAUCCGGUCGCUCUAUUUUCACAAGCAGGAACCUUGCUCGCCAACAACCCUGCAAGCGUUGAGCUUUUUGAUCACAUGCGACGGACCACUCUUGGUUUUACGACAGCGGAUGGCUUUCCAUCCGCUUCCCUACAGCUCCUCUUCGCGACAGACCUCGAUGCCUUGCAGGACGCCAUGGCGGCGGUGCAGGAGGGCCGCACGUGGAGAGGGCUGCUGCACGUUCCCCAGCUGCCACAGCUGACCUUUAGCCCUUGCAAUGCGGCCGCCGAUGCCGGCGGCCCUGGUGACGGCGGCAGCGGCCGCGGCGCUCCAUGCAACAACCUAACUUACUCCCAGUACGGGCCAUCCAGCCUGUAUCCGAGCCAUGGGGCAUGUUAUCCCCCUGCCGAUGGCGCCGACGGCUAUGCCGACUACGAAGAUGGCAUGCGGGGCCUCGCCGUCGCCCAGAUCACGGCACCGUCUAUACCGCUUGCACAGCCGUCAUUGUGCUCCUCGCCCUGCACUGAAGCCAUCCUAGGCAGCUUGGAAACCACCGGCGGCGCAGCUGUUGCCGCUGCCGCCGCCGCCGCCGCUGCUGCCGCAGCUUCAGCGGGUGGCGCUGGCGGCAGCUCGUUCUGCCCUGCAGAGCGGAGGAGUGAGCUGCUUCUGGACGUCCUUCUAGGUAGCCUGCACGGACGCGAGGGCCAUCAAAGGUCGAACCACGCGCCAAACAUCAGCGCUGUACAACCGCCAACCGCCAACGACUUCGGCGGGCCUGUCAGCGAGAACGAGGGCGCCAAUGGCUGCCCGAGUGGCCGCCUGGAGGACAGCAGCUGCCAAGGCAUGGAGCACCAAACCCUACCGUCAACCUCCUGGGGGCCCGCCCUGCCCUUGUGGCAGCGGCCGCAGGUGCUGGGUAGGCGAGAAUCCUCCUUGGAGCAGUCCGCGCCCGGCGGUGCUAGCGGCGCCGGCGCCGAAACCGGCGGCUCAGCCAGAGUUAUCGGGGCCCGCGGGGCCGCAGGUGCACGCAACGACCAUGACAAACAUGGAGGCGGCGACGGCAACGGCGGCGACGUGUUUCACUCCUGGGUAGGGCUGACGACCGCGGCGGCGGGUGGCGCUGCCACCGUACAGCCUGGCCGCUGCGCUUCCAACGGCCAGGCUGCUGCUGCUUCUGUUGCUGCCCUGCCUGACCGGGUACUACGCAAUGACGGCGCCACAGCACCGACCCGUGGGUCCAGGUCGCUGGACGUCUGCUGCCGCACACUGAUGCCGAGUAAAGACUGUAUCUCUGGGCCAUCCACACGCCAAGCGGCCGCCGCAGCAGUGAUUACUGCGCUGCCUUCGUCCUCAUCAGCGUCCGCCGUACGGAUGCCGCCGGUUCCGAAGCAUUGUAGCGCGGUCACCGCUUUGCGUUGUUGCAAGCUGCCCGCUAGCGGCGGCGACAGCGGUGGCGGUGGUGGCGGCAGCGUUGACGACUUGCUUUCGGGGCGGCCGCCGGUCCCGCCGCCGCAGGUUCCUCUGGGGCCUACGAAGCCGUACCAGCAGCGACUGCAGCAGCGCCACAGCGUCCACGCCGGACAGGAGGAAGUGGCAGCGGUGGCCGCGGAAGUCUGCUGCGGCGGCGGUGGAGACGCCAGCCGUACGACAUGCGCCACCUCUGGUCGCGGUGCAGCUGCGGCUGGAUUGAUGGUGGAUACUAGCGGGCAUGGUGACGCGCGGUUGGCCCCGUCCGGACUCUCCAGGAUGGCUCCGUGCCGCGGCACAGCCGGCAGCGGCGGCGAUGGCGUAAUGGAGAAUCUCCCCAGAUCACGCAGCAGCUGUGCGCGUGAGGUCUGCUGUCCAGGUUCCGGAGUAGCGACCCAUGGGACGCACCACGGCAGCUCCAGCCCCUACUGCCUGCACAGCCCGCAUUCCCAUUUAAGCCAACAACAGCAAUCGGAAUUGCAGCUUCAGCUCCGCCGCGCCUUCCAUCUAGCAGGCGGCAGUGGUCGAUGGGCUUGGCUUCGCUCCGCUCGGCACGCUUCCUGGUGCGGCGGCAGCGGCGGCGUUGGCGUUGGCGGUGACGGCGGCGGCGGCGACUUGUCGCCGGUUCAGGUCGCAGCUCGGAACAACUCCGGGCCAUCAGGCCGUAGCGUCACCUGCUCAGCGGGGGCCUAUAGGAGCGGCGGCGCCAGCUGCGGCGGCAGUCUGCACGAGCAUCAUCGGCUGACACCAGCUGCGGCGGCGGCAGCGGUUGCGAUGGCGGCCGCCAAGCCUACGGUUCGUACAGAAAAGGAGGAGCAUGCACAGAGACGUGACAGCAUCAAUCGCGUGUGUUGUGACGGGCCCCCGGCACUCACCCCGCAAUCCGCAGCCGGCGCGUCGCUGCUGUCGACCGCAUUGGCGUGCAGGCACAGACAAGACAGCGGCGGCGGCGCCGCUGGAUCGCCGCCAGCAGCAGCAGCAGCAGCAGCGGCGAUGGCGGCGACGGCAGCGGAAAAGGUGGUCAACAGAGCGCUUCCCGCCCCCGCUGCCAGCGCAAUCACAGCACCAACUCGCCCCGUUGCCGCGGCCGCCGCCGCAAUGUUAGCAUCCGACGGCGACGACGCCACACGAUCGCGCCGGCCGGGUUCUGAAGGCUGCCCAGCGCUACCGCCGCUUUCCUGGGCAAAUCACCCCCAACGGCAGUCCGUGCCCUUUCCCGUGACGCAGCCCCGGUCGCCGUCGCAACCACACCUGCAGCAGCCGCAGCAGCGCCCGCCCACAUCGUCGCCAGCCCCGCCACCAGUCGUCUUCACGACGGCGGAGUGCGGCGGCAGCCAGUGGUCACAGACCUGUGACGGGAUGCUUCUUAUGCAUAGUCACCAAGAGCAAUUGUGGCAGGCUCUUUCAACGAGCACUUGGGGAACGAUGGUCGGUCCUCGCGGUCGCAACCGAGCAUCGUGCGCAGGAGGCGCUCCUGGCGGCGGCGGCGCCGCCGCCGCCGCCGAGCGCUCAUACGGCGGCGCAGCACGUCGCAGCACUGCCUACAUGGAGAACAGGUCGGUACGGUGCGGCGGAGCGUACGGCAAUGUCGGCGGCGGCCGCGGCCGGCCGUCACCGGGUCUGCAGGCAGAAGAUGUGUGCGGUCUGCAUGGCGGCCUACAGUCGUACACGCCUUCUGAGUCGUGUACGUCACACAACUCCAUUGGAGUGCAGCAGGGAUCUCGCAGCGUGCAUUUCCCCAUGUACCGAGCUACCGGGACCAGUGGAACUUCAACGGGAGCCUUCCCGAGGGAUCCCGCGGGCGAGCUCGCAAAGGCCGCCGCGUCCCAAGGCCUGUUAGGCUUCAGCGGCGCGUACGCCUCUGCCAAUGCCUCUGUCGGCGGCUGCGGUGGCAGCGGCCCUGCGGCGUGCAGAAGCGUCCCCGCCAACGUCAUCCACGGCGGCGGCGGCAGCGUACUGCCGCCGUCAAACGGAAGCGGCGGCGGCGGCGGCGGCGACGGUGAUCCAGUGUUCGGCAUGAGCACCAGCCCUGAUGGCCAGCUCAGUCUUCGCGGUCGACGAAUUCUUAGUCAGGCGGGAUCACCGCAGGCUCCACCUAGCUCGCGCACCACCUCCCCGGCGAAUGAUCUGAAAGGCCUCUCAUCCAGUCACAAGCGCAUGGACGGGACUGCGCCGCGGAGCCCCAGCCAAUCCCACGCACCCGCCCUGAGCCCAAGCAAUGGACGCGGCAACAUGGAUAUUUAUGCAGCGGCGGCGGCAGCAGGAGCAGCAACAGCUGGUGUGGCUGCGAGCAUGGCUGACUGCGACGUCAGCACGCACCGCCUCCGCAGCCCGGCGAGCAGGUGCGCCGCCGACAGCUGCCAGUCUCCUCGGGAACGGGUCGCGUACGGCCCGUACGAGAUGGCGCCUCUGUCAGAAUAUGAUGACGGCGGCGGCUCUACCGUUGCCGCUGCCGCGUCGAACGGGGGACUCAACAGCGGCCUCAAGGCCCCGCCCGGCCCCGCCAGUCCGACGUCGGGUCUUGCCGUACCACGCAUCGUACAGCUCACCAUGAGGUCCAUGGCACGGGCCGUUGGUUCGCUAGCGGCGAUGCAGCAAUCGCCAUGUACGGCGACGUACGGCGAGCCGCAUACAUCACGGUACGGCACCUUGGGCAGCCCCGGCGGCUCCAGCCUUUGCAUUGCCGAUCACUCCGUACGGGCUGGGGUGUUAGUACCAAUGUACGGCGGCAUGACGACGUGCGAGCACGGUAGUGCGGCGGCGGCAGCGGGAAUAGGCUCCCUGGAGCAAUCUCGCCACGGCUCCGUCAGCUGCGCCGGCGCAGAGCCGCCUCCAUCCCCGUACUGGGGCCGCGGCGGCAGCACCCCCGGGCUCCAAAGCCGGCCCUUCGGGUCUGCCGUACUUCCAGGAAUCAGCAAUGACGGUGGCGGCGGCGUCAGUGUAACCGCCGCCGCGAUGGCAGUGGCGGCCACCUCCGCUAGCUCGUGUCGCCGCCGCUGCACUGACGCGACACAGGAUCCUACACCCCAUGGGAUCCUAAAUUCAAAUUCAAACUAUAACGGCAUGUGUGGCGACUGGAAGCAGGUCCUUCCCAAUCGGUCGUGCCCGCCCACUUCCGUCCUGUCCGGCGGCGGCACACAUGCGGCUCCAGACGACAUCGAACUCGUUCCUGCGCCAUUGCCCACUACAGCAACCCCGGCGGCGGCGGUGGGGAAGGGUCGUGUGGUUUCGGAGCCGGCGGUGAUGCCGGCUAUCGGCUCCGGCGGCAACCCCCGUGUUGUGAAUGUGGACGGCGGCCGCUGGUUCGAGGUUGUGUUGUCCGGCGUACCUCACCCGGCUACGGGGGAGAUCCUCCUUCUGGUGGUGCAGCACGACGUGUCCAGCAGGGUGUGGGCGGAGAAACACCUCGUCCGGGUGAUGGAGGCGGAGCACCUGCUGCUGGAGUCCAUAUUUCCGCAACAUGUUCUGGAGCACAUCGCCGUCAUGGCCGCGACCUCAGCCCUCCCUGGAGACGACAAUCCCCUCCCCGCCGCCGGCGGGGGCCUGCCGCCGGCGGGGCCGGUGGAGGCGCCCGCAAAUGCAAUCAGCGGCCAUGCCCAGGCCGCCGCUGGCAAUCACAGCGGCUUUGGCCGCACCAGCACACGCACACUCCCUACGGCCGUUAGAAGCCCGGCGGCGGUGCCCAUCACGGGCGACACGUUUCUGCACCUGGCCACCUCCCACAGCGCCCUCACCGUACUGUUUUGCGAUAUCCAGGGUUUCACCACCAUGUGCAACUCCGUGAAGCCCGCCACCGUCAUGUCCUUCCUCAACGACCUCUACACGCGCCUGGACGCCAUGCUGGAUGCGUUCGGAGUGUACAAGGUGGAAACCAUUGGCGAUUGCUACGUGGCGGCGGGGGGCCUUAUGAAGGUGGACGUGGAGACGGGUGCAGUGACGGCUCUCCUUCGCGCCGCCAGUGCCGUACGUCUUCCCACCAGCGGUGAGCCUGUGCGGUUGCGUGUGGGUAUCCACAGCGGCCCCGCCAUGAGCGGAGUGGUGGGCACCCGCAUGCCGAGGUUCUGUCUGUUUGGCGACACCAUCAACACGGCCUCCCGCAUGGAGAGUACGGGGGUGCCGGGGGCAAUACACGUCAGCAAGGCCACACGCGACCUCACGCCGGAUGAGUGCUGGGAGCCCACGGGGGGUGUCGAGGCUAAGGGCAAGGGUCGCUUGCUGACGUACCUACUGCGACCACAAGCCGCUGCACCGUAG